GGAGCAAACAGAGAGCAGCAAGCAACAGUGCCCAAUCUGAGAGACAUAACACAGAGAAAAAUCAGAAGAGCUGCAAACAGUUUAUUUUAUGGUUCUGCAGAGAACAAAAUAAUAAUGUUGACUAUCUUUUUUCUGUAAUGAUCGACUACUAUAACAAACUAUUUACAUCAGAAAUGGACCGUAAAAUUGCAAACUUCUCUGGGAUGUGGAAAAUGAAGACUUCUGAAAACUUUGAAGAACUCCUUAAAGCGUUGGGUGUGAACGUGUUUGUCAGGAAGAUAGCCGUGGCUGCAGCCUCCAGGCCUGCAGUAGAGAUCACCCAGCAGGGAGAGAGUCUCUCCAUCCAGACCUCCACCAGCGUACGCACCACCCAUGUCUCCUUCACCGUAGGCCAGUCCUUCAAUGAGGACACAGUGGACGGACGCCCUUGCACCAGUACCCCUCGCUGGGAGACAGAUAGCAAGAUCAGCUGUGAGCAGACUUUGCAGAAAGGGGAGGGCCCUAAGACUGCCUGGACCCGUGAAGUGACCGAUGAUGGUGAACUAAUUUUGACAAUGAGCGCUGGGGAUGUUGUGUGCACCAGAGUAUAUCAACGAGAAUGAAAGACUUUUAAGACUGUCAAACAUUUCCAGUUUUUUUUAUUUCUACCUACUCCUUUUGCUUGUUUAAUCUUCCAGUCAUUCAGAUUGUGGUUAACAAGACGUCAGGUGUACGUGUUUUGUCAGACAGAGUUUGAUUGUUGUGAAAGCCUUGUGCCAGUUUAUUUUCAUGUAUAAUGUUCUCGUAAUAGCAUGUAAUGGCUUUGUAAUGUUAUCAUUGUUCCUCCACUACUAAGCUGUAUUUAUUCUCAGUAUAAUGCAUGAAAACCCUAUCUGUAUUUCUCUUCAAAAUGUCUUAGCGAAGCAACUGUAAACCAUCCUCAAACUGUGUUGUUAAAACAAUUAUAAAUGAAUCA